AUGCCUCUCCGCGGACCCGUACCGGUUAAAUUGUGCACCAAGGAGAACACCGAGAAGCUCGUCCUUGGCCCGAUGACGAUCUACAUCUUCGAGGACGGGACCAACACGGACAACCGCAUCGGGUGCAUGACGCUGGAGCUGCCGCCGGGACAGUCGGGACCGCCCAUGCAUUGGCACCGGUUCCACGACGAGUGCUUCUACAUCUCUAAGGGGACGGUGCGGUUCACGACGCCUGACGGGGACCUCGAUGCUAAGGAGGGUGAGUUGAUGGUGGUCCCGCCAAGGGCCAUUCAUACGUUUGUGAACCCGUCGGAGACCGAGCCUGCUGAGUUCUUCAUGACCUCUACCCCUGGAUAUUACAUGGACUACUUCCGGAUGAUGGGCAAGAACGUCGAGGCGGGGAAGAAGCUGAACCGGGAGGACACGAAGCACUUGAUGUCGCUGUUCGGCACGUUUCCGCCGGACGUGGAGUCGGAGCCAUGA